CUGCUCUGCUCGGCGUUGAGUUUUGUAUGAAGCGACAUCAUCAUCAAGCUGCUGCUGCACAGGCGUCGUCGGGAAGCGCGUUUGCCGAACGGGACGAACUCUUCCGGCGAAGCGCUGCGAGCGAUGGCUCAGCACACGGCGCGUCGUCAUCCUCUUCGUCAUCCACGUCGUCAAGGCCGGGCGAGACUGCCAUUACAAUGAUGGAGUAUGGCGCGCGCGAGCACGGCAAGCUGGCGCAGGUCGACAGCAGCAUUGACGAAAUGCUUGGUAAUGCCGUCAAUAUGCUCGACAGCCUCAAGUCACAGCGCGCAACGCUCAAGAGUGCGCAUCGACGGGCGCUAGAUGUCUUCAAUACGCUUGGCUUGUCGAAUACUGUGAUGCGGUACAUUGAAAAGCGGUCGGCCCAGGACUGGUGGAUUUUGACGGGAGGCAUGAUUUUCACAAUUGUGUUUAUGGUGAUGUUCUACCGAUGGUGGAUGUCAUGAGGCGUUGUUGUAGUUUGUUUUGUUGUUCACAUCCAUUCUUAGUACGAUAUUGAAGGACGAUCUGUUGUGGAGAAAUCGAGCGUUG